UUAAAACUAUUGUAGUGGGGGAUGUAGGCCCAAGAGGAUCGCUGUCGAUGGUGCCUGCAGAGUUGGGUGUCUAAUCAGUUAGUAUACGGUUAUCUACGGUCUAGUGUGCGUUUAAUUUCUGUGUCUUUAUGCGUUAGUUAAUAAAUUUAUACUGUUUUUAUUAAUUAAUAAUAAAAAUGAAGUACGCAUUGGUACAAUUACCUCGGGAUUCAAAUAGAAGGGUGAUUAUAGAAACAUGCUUCAUUGAAAACUUUGAAAUUUAUAAUGCAACAACCAAAAGUCAGGUAUUUCGUUACGAGAUGACGGCGAAAAUAAACUGAAAUGCAUUAUACUGCAUUUGUCUGACAUUCGAGAAGAAUUAGAAGAUCCACAGUUACGUUUACGGAUUCCAAAAAUAAAAAAUCCAUCAGCACUCGAGUCAUCAACUUCAGAGGAUGAAGAAGUCGAUCUGACAAAAAUUAAAAGACGUCGAAAAAAUAAAAAACAAAACAUAGUUGCAUCUAAAAAACAGGGAAUAGACGAAAUUUUGAAAGCUUAUCAGUUUAACAGUGAAAUAAAAAACACAGAACAGAUUAAUGAUAACAACAUUGCUGAUAGUUCAGAUGAAACUGUGGAUGCAGAGAAUGAAAACAUGGAUAGAGAGAUCAAUGAUGUAGGUAAUGGUGAACAAUUAUCAGGAAAUAAAAAUUUGGACCUGCCAGAGCAAAUCAGCAAUGGAAAUAGCACAAUUAUUCCUGAGACAUAUGAGGGGGAAUCUUUAGUGACAGAUUACAAACCCGUAGAAGAAGACAACGAAAACAAUAAUUGUAAGUUGCAUGAUGGCAAUAAAAUCACCGAGGCAAAACAGAAUUUGGAUCAAUCGAAAGAAAUCAACAAGAAAAAACUUAAUUCCAUAUCGAAAGCUACAAAGAGGGAUUUGUCUGAAUUAACUGCAGAAGAUAUAGGAGAUGUCGAAGGCGAUGAUCACAACCUUCAUGAUGGCAAUGAUAUUACAAAAAUUAUCAAAAUGGGCAAAGGAAAAUUUUUGCUUGCAAAAGAAAAUAAGAAUCCAAUACUAGCAGCCAAGAAGGUAACAUUUGAUGUCACACCUGGAACUAGCAAGAAUGGGAAACCAAGCUUUAAAUCAACGAUUAGAAGGAGAACAGGCACUACCUCAACAAGAAUUUGAGCGACGUCAACAUUUGCGAGCAGAACAGCAACGACGCUUACUAGAAGCUGAACAACAACAACAACAACAACAACAACAGCAGCGACUUAACAAUGAUAACGACUACUACUUGCAUAAUGACCAGUUCCUGCUCGGUGAUAAUUUUUUCAUUUCGAGCGCUUCGUUUCGUGAUGCAAGCAAAGAAGAUACACCAUCACGAUUUAUCACUGCGAUGGCUCAUGCUAUAUGGAGAUCAGAGCUGUUGGCUACAAGAGUUGUAAGAAAACAAAAAAAUACAGGUGAACGAGACCCUCUUACGUCGAGGAAAGUUGAAUUGUUGUCGUAUCACUUCGAAAACUUCAUGAGAACGCGAAAUUUUUCGCAAGAAAGGAUUCGUAUUGAGCUUAAAAAACUCAAUACAUACUUAGGUCGAGUAAUAACGUCAGCAAA